AUGCCUCCCCAAAUCCCCUGUAGCGAAGUUUACCCCGUCUUGAAGGGCAAGGUAGCCCUCAUCACGGGUGGCGCCCAGGGCAUGGGCAAAGCUACAGCCGAAGUUUUUCUCAAAGCCGGCGCCAAAGUUGUGAUUUGCGACUUGCAGACAGACAAGGGCGACCAAGUGGCCAAGGAGCUUUCUACACUGGGGGAAAUCUACUUCACUAGGGCCGACAUCUCAUCCGCAGAGGAUGUAGUCGCUCUUAUCAAGUUCGCCGUCGAUAAGUUCGGCCGUCUAGACUGCGCGGUGAAUAACGCUGCGCUUACCCCGGACAAGACGCCGCUCACGGAUUUCGACGAGACAUACUGGGACAAGCUCAUCAGCAUCAACUUGACAGGUACCGCGCUCUGCGUUAAGCAUCAGAUGAAGCAAUUCCUAGCGCAGGGCGGAGGCGGGGCUAUUGUCAACAUUGCCAGUAUCAAUGCUUUUAAGCCUCAACCAAACAUGCCGGCAUAUACAGCUGCCAAGCACGCCAUGAUUGGAUUGACCAAGCACGCGAGCAUGGAGGGCGGGCCUCACGGUAUUCGCGUAAACGCCGUAGCUCCCGGUGCUAUCCUGACUGCCAUGGCUGAGAAGGCGUUGGAGAUUAUGGGGACGACUCAUGACGAAUUUGCACCAACGGUCAGCUAUCUGAACCGGUUUGGCAUGCCGCAUGAGGUGGCGCAGGGCUCUUUGUGGUUGUGUUCGCCGGCUGCGUCGUAUAUUACGGGUAUCACAUUGCCGAUCGACGGCGGCUUUCUUGCCAAAUGAGAUCAAAUGUUAGCGUUUUAGGAUGGAUAGUAUUGGCGCUUUCAGCGGCUAGCUGGGGUUUAUAGCAAUAAAGUUUCCUCUGUAGGUGGUUGUAGUUACCUGUCAUUUUUCGAGCUUCCGUGCCAACAAGCCCUGUCAAUAGUAGUUCUACAUACGAGACACCCCUGAGCUCACUAAGAUGCAGGUCUUGUC